AUGGCUGCUAAAGUUCUUCACUUUCUUUCUCUUUCUUUCUUUCUCAUCCAUUUCUCAACUGCUUUCACUCCCCAAGAUAACUACCUUAUCAACUGUGGAUCAAGCAUAAACACUCUUGUAGUCCAAAACAGAUACUUCACCGGGGAUUCAUCAGAGGAUGGCUCCUCGCUUCUAUCUAAAGGUAAAUCAAUUUCUCUCACGAAUCCAAUUCCAUCAUCGAACUCGUCAGAACUGUACGGUACAGCAAGAGUUUUCACUUCUGAUUCAAGCUAUAAAUUUAACAUAAAGAACGUUGGAUUCCACUUGGUACGUUUACAUUUCUCUCCAUUCAGUUAUGGGGAUUAUGAUCUCAAGAAUGCAAUUUUCGUAGUUUCAGCUAAUGGAAAUUCACUUUUAAGCAACUUUUCUGCUCAGUUUACUAUGCUUAAAGAGUUUAUCUUGAUGGUUAAUAGAAAAGAGCUUGAAAUUCUGUUCACUCCUACUCGAGAUUCCAGUUUUGCAUAUGUGAAUGCAAUUGAAGUGUUUUCAGCACCAAAAGAUUUCAUUAUUGAUGAGGGGAUAACGUUGAUUAGUCCUAAUGGAAUUCAAGACUUUAAGCAGAAUAUUUCGUCGAAAAUUUUAGAAAUUGUUCAUAGGAUUAAUGUUGGAGGAUCAAAACUUAUCCCUUUUAAUGAUACUCUUUGGAGAAACUGGAUUCCAGAUGAAGAUUUUCUUGUCUUGAAAUCUGCAGCAAAAAUUGCUAAGACUAUUCAUCCCCCUAAUUACCAACCGGGAGGUGCCACAAGAGAAAUUGCGCCUGACAAUGUAUACAUGACUGCACAGCAGAUGAAUAUAGAUAAUCUAACCUCGAAUUUUAUGUUCAAUAUAACAUGGGAUUUUCCUGUAAGAGCCGAGGAUUCUCUGCAUUUUGUCCGUUUGCAUUUCUGUGACAUCGUUAGCAUUGCACUUCAGACGUUGUACUUCAAUGUAUAUAUAAACGGUAUCAUUGCGUAUAAAGAUCUUGAUUUGUCUACGCUUGCAUUCCAUGAGCUUGCAUCGCCCAUUUUCGUUGAUUUUGUUGUCCAAAGCUCGGUAAAUACAAAUGUUGUUCGGAUUAGUGUUGGUCCUUCUGACCUCAGUAAUAGUUUCCGGAAGAAUGCCAUUUUAAAUGGGGUUGAGAUUAUGAAAAUAGUGAAUCCUUUGGGUUCAGAAAAGAAGGUUAAGACGAAAAACAUUUGGAUUUUGGUUGGUUCAGUCGGAGGUGGAUCUUUUGUGCUAAGUUUGGCAAUUCUUAGUACAUUGCUUGUACUCAAAUGCAGAAGGAGAAAACCCGAACCAACACGUGUUGAAAGCACAGGAUGGACUCCUGUUCGUGUAAAUGGAGGCAGCUCCCAUGGCACGUUAUUGGAAGGGGCGGUCAUUUGUUAUGAAUCUCAAGUAGAAACUGAUGAAAAUUUUGUUAAUCGUGCAUUGCCUAGAUUUAUUCCCACAAUUCACUCGAGCAGUGCAGGGGUUGAGGGGGAUAUUGAUGAAGUUUCUUCAGAAAUAACAACGAGUGGAGUCUUCUCCCAGUUGAUAACUAAUGAAGGAAGAUAG